AUGGCUCAAGAAGAGGAUGCUCCGAAUGAAUAUUCUCGAGAUCUACCAAGGAAAGACGGUGAUUCUAGCCUUCAGUUGGUUCUUGAUCAGUUGGCAUCACUGAAUGCUAAGUUUGCAAGCGCUAAUUUGAUUUAUACUACAGAUGCUCCAACACUUUCACGAGAGGAUCUUGGCAUGUAUGCAGUCGAAGAGCGAACCGAGGAUCUGAACUACAUGGCCAACAACAACUACACGAACUCAUACAAUCCUGGUUGGAAGAAUUAUCCCAAUCUCUCCUACAAGUCGAACAAUGUUGAGAACCUCACGCCGAACAACUUCAGAGCAUCGAACAACCCAAAUCAGAGGAUCCCUCCCGGCUUUACUUUUCAAUCUAGGGGUCCUAAUCAGAACUCCAACUACAGAGGUCCCGAACAAUCCUACAACAACCCUGCACCUCCAGGUAACCGUGAUCUCGCUCAAGAUACACAUGCUCUUCUUCAACAGUUUAUCCAGACGCAGGAGAAGACAACUCAGGAGUUUCUCACGCAGUUCGCGAAUAUUGAUGCUCAUUUUAAGCUCGUGGAUAAUCAGAUUGCUCAGUUAACAUCAGCCAUUCAAAGACCAUCUAGGUCUCUUCUAGGUAACUCUGAGACCAACCCUCGUGAACAUGUCAAUGCUAUUACCUUGAGAAGUGGUAAGCAGAUUCCCUCAUACACGAAGUAUCUUAAGGACAUCCUGACCAAAAAGAGGGUCGCUGAGAAAGAAACUGUGGCGCUUACUGCUGACUGCAGUGAUUUGAUCCAACUCGAGCUCCCGCUUAAGCGAUCUGAUCCAGGUAGCUUUUCAAUCCCUUGUAAAUUUGGUAAUGUUUCCAUCGAUCGUGCACUCUGUGAUUUAGGAGCUGGCGUCAGUCUUCUUCCAUUAUCGAUCUUCAAGAGGCUGAAUGUGGGAGCUGGCGUCAGUCUUCUUCCAUUAUCGAUCUUCAAGAGGCUGAAUGUGGGUGAGCUGAAGUCCAUUAGAAUGACUCUCCAACUUACCGAUCGUUCUAUCAAAUACCCCACUGGGAUACUCGAGGAUGUGCCGCUGAAAGUCGGAAAUUUCUAUAUCCCGGUUGACUUUGUGGUUCUCGACAUGGACGAAGAUUCUAAGAGACGAAAGGAAUGCAAGGUCGAGCUCGAGUUCAUACACAAGAGUUGCAGUACGGUUGGGUACAGACCCAACGUCUUCUCCACCACUCUCUCUCAUCUCAUCGCCACCAAUUCUGCUCAUCUCAUCGUCCCUUUCGUCUCCAUCAGAGAGAGGUUAAAAGAAAAAGUUGAAGAGGCGUUCGGGUGUGAAUUCGAGCUGUUCAUCGAAUUCACCGGCUUAGUCAGCUGGUGCAGAGGAGCAAACAUUGGAUGGCACAGCGAUGAUAACAGACCCUAUCUAAAACAAAGACACUUCACGGCAGUUUGUUACUUGAAUAGUUACGGAAAAGAUUUCAAUGGCGGACUUUUCCAUUUCCAGAGUGGAGAACCAGCAACCUUUGCUCCUUCUGCUGGUGAUGUAAUCUUGUACACAGCUGAUAGCCGGAAUAUCCAUUCUGUUGAUGAGGUAUCAGAUGGAGAAAGACUGACUCUUACACUUUGGUUCAGUCGUGAUUCAUCCCAUGAUGAGGAUUCAAAGCUCGUUUCCCGUCUUUCCCGACACCCAUCUCUUCCUCUCAGCGGAUCACUUGAGUCUUGUCUCCCAUUGCCUGCAUCAAGCAACAUGUAUUGGUUUUCUCCCGAUCAAGAAGCUGGUAGUCAGAGCAUAGGUUUUAACAUUUGCAUGGCGAGGUUGCAUGUCCUUGGUUUUGAUUCAGAUUUCUCCCAAGAACACGAGAAUCUCGAGCACUUUUCAGAACAACUCAUGGGACCUAUACAACUAGCAAAAGGAGGAGAAUUGUUUAACUGGAAAUUCGCCAACAUUUUGCAUGCCCUUCAGGUAGUUCAGUUCUACCACUGGAAGGCUCAUGAACUGGAGACAUUGAAUGCUGGAGAACACAUUGUGAAAGAGAUUAGCCCUCUGUCCAAACCUCAGUUGGAAAGAAUCGGUGCCCUAAAGUCCGUUUUCCUGCACGACAAGCCGGAAUUGGUAAGCAAGAUUUUCGGGUGUUCGAGCUUUGAGAACGGGAAGAACUCGUUGGACUUGAUGGGUCUGUCUGCUGUGAUCGUGGCUUGGAAUGAAUAUACCUGUAAGUUACUUGAGGAACUGAGAUUGUUCUUGCCUCACUGGGAAACUUAUCAAACGAUAUUCAAAGUCCAAUCCUGUUAGAGUCUUAGAUCUCGGACCUGAGAUAGUUUUCUCUGUAAUCUGUAUCAGAUUCAUGGUUCGAUUACUUUUAAAUCAUUACUAAUUACCCAUUUCCACUUGAGUA